GCGCGCGCGCGCGAUAUUUUGUAAACACAACAACCAAGACCGUCGACCAAGAAGUGUCUCUUCACUUUUAUUUUACCUAAACUGACCUUGGCCUUUUAUUCGGGAAAGUUAUCAUGUACUCGAAUGUGUACAAUGGCUUUUAAGUCUUCCCAUGUAUAUGCUUCAUUCUUGUCUCCCCCGGACAAAGGGAGAAAUUUGGAGGAAACCGAGGUGAAAACCGGCGACAGAGAUCUACCAAAAUGCCGUGAAAUCCAAGUGAGUGCGGUCGGUGAAGCCUUCGCCACGCCGAACCGUUCCCGUGUGAGUGUGGUGGUGAGAAGCCAGAAAGAAACUGUUGCGGAGUCCAAGAACAGUGUUUCCAGACGACUCGAUUAUGUCAUUCAAACUCUGCAUACUCACAACGUGAAGGAAGGAGAUGUGAAUACAACAAGAUCCAUCAGAAGAAUUGAUGGUCUCUUUCACGUAGAAGCAGAAGUUGUGAUUGUCUUUGUUGAUCUUCUCAAAUGCCAGGAGGUGUGUAACUUUCUUGUUGAGAAACUAGAUGACUCUGUCACCGUCUCCCUUCCGUGCUUCUUCCAUGCACCCCACAGUGUGGAUAAUGUCAGGAGACAGGCCUGUGUAAAUGCUGUGAAGAAUGCGAGGCAGAAAGCCAUCGAGGUAACACGGUUACUCCGUCAAUCAUUGGGUCAUCCCAUUAUGAUAAAGGAGGAGCAAUGUCAUGAGUGGGAGGGACCUGCUGAGGCUCAGGACACGAGUAACGGUCAAGAAGGACCGAUUACCUUUCAACAACGAUUGACCUCUGGGACUUUGAAUGCAUCGGUCAAGAUCCUGGCCAGUUUUGAACUUAUUCCAAGAGAAAAGAUGAAAGCCAGUAAGACGUGACAGAGGCUAAGGGACAACUACCCUGAGUGGAUGAUGGACAAUUAAAAAAAAAACUCUUUGGGUUUAUACAGCAACAGCAAUUGGAGGAUUGCCUGGUGUCUUGUCACAUGAUGUUGCUAUUUCAAAACACAUUCCAUAAAUUAACCAUUUCGUCUUUGAAUGAGCUGUUAACCUAGCUCAUUUUGAAAUAAAGGAGACAAGACGCACAUUCAGUGCAUAUAUUUACUGAGAUAACCAGCAGUGCAAACAAGAGUUGAUAAAGUGUUUAUAACACAUGUAUCAAGAGAACGGACUAGUUUUUAUUGCUUAUUUCUUGGGGGGAGGUGCUGUAUAAUUACAUAGUGCAGCCCUUAUAGGAUGUAAAAAUAAGUUUAUGGAGUAAAAUUCUAAGUUAACACAUUGAGAAUAAAAAUGGUUUGACUAUUAUGGAAUAUCUAGGGUUGUGUCUUAAUCAGACCAAGAAUUCCUUGAGGAUAUUCCAAAAGGGGGUAUAUUUUUUUAAUGGGGUAAAAUUGAGAAUGAAAAUUUUGGAAACACAAAGAUAUGUAAGUAUUGUAUAAAUUUACACAAUACUUACAUAUCUUUGUGUUUCCAAAUUUUUUCAGGGAAUGGUUAGGAAAAUCUGUAGACACAUAUGUGCCCAGCAUCAUUUAUUAGAGCCCCCCCCCCCCCAAAAAAAAAGGGAGAAUAUUUUCAGUAUAAGCUGAUUGAUUGUUUGAUAUACAUUGAUUAAUUCAUGCAGAUCGUGUUUCAUAAAAUGAGUUGUUUGCAAAAUCCUGUGACAAGUAUAUAUUCUACCAAUCAAAUGAUUUCACUUUCUCCUUUACAAUGCCCUAUAAGAUAAUCCAAAUAUGGAGGUUUAAAGUUGAAAUGAAUAGAUAAUUGAUUACCAAAAAAAAAUAUAUUAAUAACCAGAACUUGAAAAGAGUAACUUCUUUGUUAUAUGUACUUUUGACAUCAUGUACGACUCAAACUAAUUGAUAAUGAUAGAGUACCGAAGUGAUGACGUCACAAAAAAAACUUUUUUUUCUUCGCAUUUUGGCAUUUUUUAUACUAUAUUAUGUUAGAGCAUAAUGAAAAACACUUGGUGGGAAUCAGUUCAUGGGGACCUUAGAUAUGACCUCAUAAAUACAUAAUUAGCCCCAUGGAAGUCAAUAUAUUAUUGACCUGGUUCCUAACAUUUGGAACCAGGUCAAUAAUACAUUGACUUCAAUGGGGUUAAUUAUGUAUUCAUGAGGUCAUAUCUUGGGGCACCAUGGUACGAUUCCCUUCAAAUUUGGGUUGUGAUGGUUUUUCAUCAUGCUCUACCAAAAUAUGGUAGAAAAAACGCUGACAUGCAAAAAUUGAAAAUUUAUGACAUCACACUUUGGUACUCUAUAGAAGACAACAGGUACAAAUUCCAUUAUUUCCCCCCUCAAAAUUUUGGCAAGGCAUGGCUGAGGUGAAACUUGCACUAAUGUCAAAGCCUAGUGUUUUCUUUGUCAUGAAACAAUCUCUUGUAAGCUACGAUAAUGAAUAAAAGGCUGUAAAGGAUA